CCUUCGUGGAGUGCGAAUUCUUUUUAACAAUCAAUGAGCAUAAUAUGAGAAAGAAAGGGGAAUUUAUAGCUGUGUUCGCCGAUUUCGUUCUCAUAUAGUGCCUGGUUGAUCUACAGUCAAGUUUAUUUCCGUGAAGCACUGUCGCUUGAUAAAAAUCUUGUGUACAUAUAUACAGUAUAUAAUCAGAUUGUAUGUUUAAAGGUGAUGCAUAAGGUGUGUGGUGCCUACGAAUACAUAUAUAGUGGGAAAAAAGAGAGCAGCAUGUCGUACAAUUAUAAGCCAUUCUUGAAAGUCCUGCUCUUGGGAAACCCGAACGUUGGGAAAACAGCCCUCGUGAAUCGAUACGUCAACGAAGUAUUUGACAAUAACUAUAAAGUGACGAUUGGCGCCGACUAUUUCACUAAGGAUAUUUUCUUAGCUGAUCGCAUAGCCUCAUUGCAGAUUUGGGAUACGGCCGGUAUGGAACGAUUUCAAUCUCUGGGCUCGGCGUUCUAUCGAGGAGCUGAUUGCUGCGUCCUCGUCUUCGAUGUCACAAAUCGAAGUUCAUUUGAUAGUCUUAAUUCAUGGCGUGAUGAAUUCUUUAUACAGACCAAUCCCCCUGAUCCACAGAAAUUUCCGUUUAUCGUGCUGGGCAAUAAAUCGGAUAAAACAGAUAAAAGACAAGUUACAAUGAGGGAGGCCCAACAGUGGUGUAAGAUGCGCGACAUCACCUAUUAUGAGACCUCGGCAAAAGACGAUAGUUGCGUGGAUGUAGCCUUUGAGACAAUAACGGCUUUAGUCCUGGAUUCAAAACCGGAACAUGAGUAUAUCGCCGAUUUUUCAGACUCCUUUAUAGUUGUAGAUGGACCGUCUCGUUGGCUACCAAGGUGCUGGUGUUAAUCUGGUGUUAUCUAUAAUCAUAAGCCAUAU